AGGAGCCUUAUGCGCGGCGUUAACUUGAUGUGGCACUCAUCUCUUUCGCAGCGUUACAGUACUUUGUUGCUAAAAUCUUGUGUGGUUUGGCAACUCCUGCCUUUUAUUGUCCUUUCUGUUCAAAGAGCCUGGGUAGAUGUAUAAGUGCUUGCGGUGGAGGAGUGUCAGAUUGCAUGGUAAUAUUCCUCUGUACUUCCCAGUGCGAGGAGUGGCUGACGGCCCGGGACCGAUUUCUUUGCCUCUGGAAGCUGGGGUGACCAGCAGAGCAACUUUCAGAUGCCUCCUGUACCUCCAACCUGCAGCUACCCAGGAUGACAAAAAAAAACAAUGAAAUACAGAUUUCUAACAUUUAACCGGCGUUGAUUGUGGCUUCAGGGUGGAGUUAAAUCCAUGUUUGCAUUGGUAGGAUGAUGUGGGAUUAAUGUGAGUUAGUCAGCCUGCAGUGCCAUCCCUGCUCCAGGAGAUGUGGGCCUCUCCUCCCCAGGUGCUUGCACAUUGAGGCGGUUUCGGGUUGGGUCGAUCCCGACCCUGCUCCUGUGUGUGUCUUAAUGAAGAGAACAACAGCAACAUGAGUGUGUCAGGCAAACCAGGAAGGUUACAGUGACUGUGAAAAUACUUUCUGGCUGAGGGAAUGCCUGGUGGUUUCGCAGUGUUUCGGGAUUGAAGUUAAUGUUUCCAGAAAGCUCCUUGAUGUGGAAACUGUUGGGAGUUGCAGCUCGCCUUUAGUUUGGGACAGAGUUACCGACAGGGAGUGAACCCCGUACACCGCCGAUUCCAGCGGCUCCGGGAACACCAUACCGAUCGGGAAACAGCUCCGGGAGCGCGGCGACCACUCGGCCAGCCUGAUGGAUGAGCCCUUAGAAUCGGAGGCGGCUAUACAAACGAAGAGAAAGUCCAAGCCGGGCUCCCUGCGGCGGGCUCUGAGCUGGCUCCGGCUAUCGGGGCGGAAGAAAAAGAAAUCCAAGAGUGAGGGGGACAAAGCCCCAGCGAAGCACCGAAAGGAUUCCCAAAGUUCAGCUGCCUCAGAAUUGGAUGAUGAGGGUAAAUGGGCCGUGCACUACAAGCCAGCGCAGUACGAACAUCAACAGGAAAAUGUCUUCCUCCCAUCCACCCGACCACCACACAUCGAGGAUCUGCACAAAGAAGCUGAAAUUGGCCUCAAAUCUCUUCAGGAACAAGGAAAUCUGGCUGGAUAUUCCCAGCAGCAGAUCGGAAAUGGCUGUGGUUAUGUAGAAGACACCAGUCAGCAUAAUGAUGAUGAGCCUCACGCUGAGAAGCCUGGAUCAUGUGUAGCCAGUGAUGAGGCCUGGGCCAAAACAAGAUCACUUCCACCACCAACCCCUGAUGAGAUCCGAAAGGAUUCGCUAUCGUCUCGGUCAGGAGCCACCCCAACUGGGACAACUUUUAAACCUCCACAAAAGAUACAAUCAUCUUUCAAAGGCCCAAAGCUGAAAGAGAAGAGAAUUCGAAGAACCACAAUCAUGGGACUCCCACAGCACGUUCAACAGGAACUAGGGUUUGGAAAGGGAUCCCGUGUCUCAAAAAGCACUAUGAAGGUGCCUGGUGAUGGCAAUGCUGGCAUUGUCUCAGAAUCCAGGAGAGAGGAAAAUCAUUGCUUCAAUGUAGUCCCACACUCGAGAGAAAGGGCCUCUUUACAGUCUGUUAACUUUACAGAUUCAUCACAAGGAGCUACUGAAUCGAUAAGCACUUUAGAAAUUCAUGACCAACAGAACUGGGGACUAAUAGAUUUUUCCCAAAGACCAAAGUCAUUAGCCGUUCCAAAAUCACUCAUACCAAGUGAACUUCAAAACCCUGUUAUGUCGAUGUCACCUCAGGCAACAUACCUAUCCAAGAUCAUUCCCAAUGCAAUACUGCCUUCUGCAGUGGAUGUUGUGAUGAUCAACACCAGUCAGAAUUGCUUGCGCACCAUCAGCAGGGACAGCUUAAUAAUUGCCCCAUCUCCUGCCUGUUCUCGAUCCAUCUCCCUGCAGAAUUAUGAUGGCAGAGAUUAUGCUUCAAGUGAUGCAUGGAGCCAUUCUCAAUCUUCAGAAACCAUAGUGUCAAACAAUUCCACUAUUUCGUCACAGGGAAAUACUCGGAAUCAUUCUGCAGAAAAGGUCAGAGAGAAAUUGAGAGAUGAACACAACCUAACUAAUUCUGUUCCAGAUUCUCGUGCAGACACCAGUAGGUGGGUCAAUGCAUGUUCUGCACAGAGUGUUUUAGAAACCACUGAGGAUACUGCAGCCCACAAUACCUCGAACUAUCAAACUGAUGAACUGAAAAGUAAUGGUUUUGUCAACCAAGCACUAUCUCCUGCAGAAAGCACCAGUAGUAUUGUUGAUGCAUCAGAUACACAGAGUGUAACAAGUGAGCGAUCAAUCUCAAGGAGCCUGUCGAUUAGGAAAAUGAAGAAAGCACCAGUUCCCCCAAGAAGAAUCCAUUCCUUGCAGCAGAAGGAGGAAGAGCCGAACUUCCAACCGAAAGAUCAAAGCUGUGUGUCACCUGUGGACGACGAUGUGUUUUCACCUGCUCUCAGUGACAUCAAUCACAUCCAACCUGAGCCCCAUGUGGAUUCUCCCGUAUUUGCUGCUAACCCUCAAUCUCAUCACAACCCGGUGACAGCUCUAAAUCAGAUGGAAGAAAUACCGAAAGGCAAGAGCAAGAUUUCUCCAGGAAAUCCAAACUCACCCAUUAAAUCUGAGCAAACCAUGUCACCAUCUAGUGGGUACUCAAGUCAAAGUGGGACUCCCACUAUGGGCAGGGAUCCCGCAUCACCCUCUCCUCCUGGAGGAAAGCCCAAACCUGUUAGAUCCACUUCCCUGAUUUCUCCAGAAGAGUCACCCUCCUCACCUUCAGCAUCAAUAUCAUCCUUGAUUUCUGAACGGUUUGACUUCUUUUCAAUCCCUCCUCCACCAUCGUCACCUGCUCCACCACCACCCACUGUAAAAAUUGCAAAAUUACCACCAUCUGUGUUAUACUCCUGGGGACCAGCAUCAAUCCCUCCACCUCCUGCAGGACCAGCCCCAUCACCUCCCAAAAGAAAACCUUCCUUCCUUUUUCCUGCAGCUGCCCCGGCUCCGCCUGUCACCACGGCGACGUCCAAACAGGCUCCGCCUGUCACCACGGCGACGUCCAAACAGGCUCCGCCUGUCACCACGGCGACGUCCAAACAGGCUCCGCCUGUCACCACGGCGACGUCCAAACAGGCUCCGCCUGUCACCACGGCGACGUCUGAUCGGGCUCCACCUGUCACCACGGUGACGUCCAAACAGGCUCUGCCUGUCACGACGGCGACAUCCAAACAGGCUCCGCCUGUCACCACGGCGACGUCCGGACGGGCUCUGCCUGUCACCACGGCGACGACGUCCGAUUGGGGUCUGCCUGUCACCACGGCAACGAUGUCCAGUCAGGCUCCUCCUGUCACCAUGGUGACAUCCAAUCAGACUCCGCCGGUCACCGCGACAACAGCCAAACAGUCUCUGCCGGUUACCGUGAUGACGUCCGAUCAAGCUCAGCCUAUCGUCACGAUGACAUCUGAUCAGGCUUCACCUGUCACUAUGGCAGUGCCCAAUCAGAUUCCACCAGACUCUACCACCGUGUCCUCAUUGGUUACUUCGUCUGUGUCCAGUCAAGUCCCAUUGGUCACUAGGAGCACAGCUUCUCAGGCCCCUGUGGCCACUGGGACUGUUCCUGCGGCUCUCCUGCCUUCACCCUCUGAAACUCUGCAUGUUCUGUCUAACCCUGCGGCUACAUCUGUCUCCUCAGCGCCUCCCACUGGACAGCAGGAAAUCAUUCCAGUCGCAGCAAAGCACUCUUCACCCCCACCUUCACCCCCACCAUCCCAUCACCCUCCUCCACCACCAAAGAAAGCAACAACAACUGGGGCAUCCUCGCCUCCCUCUUCCUCCACUGUUUCUGAGCCCAAGAGGCUGUCAGGGUUUGAUUGGCCUCCGCCGCCACCUCCUUUGUCCCCAUCUGCGUUUGCACCCUCGACUGAGCCAUCAUCUCUUCCUGAGAACACCCAGCAGGGUGAACAGGAGGCUGACUUCCUGUUUCCACCUCCUCCACCUCCUUCCCUCCUGACAGACUCAGUGCAAGAGAAGAGGUUUUCUGCACAAGAUUUACAGUUGGUGUCUCUAUCCUCACCCCCACUGCUACCCCCAGACAAAUCAUUGAAAAGUACGAUCCCAGGGCAACCUGCACCUGCAGAACCUUCAUCACAACCUCUUCCACCUCCAGUUCCCACAGAAACUAAGAUGUCACCGAGGCCGAAGCUGUGUGCUUCACCAGCAGCCACAUCCAUGUCAAACCAUCUUCAGCAGAAACCGCUUGCUUUCCCAGGAACCCCAGCUGCAGACUCUCAUCUUUCAAAAGUAAUAACUCCAAAACCAAAGAUGUCCAAUCAGGAUUCUGAGAAUAAAUUGCCCGUCCAGUCUCCACCUCCUCAAAAUGGCAGCGACCAAGAUGUGAAGCCGAUGGUCACACCAUCUCUCUUACAGAUGGUACGGUUACGUUCUGUCCAGAUGAACACAUACACAGCUGGGGGGCUGGAUUGCCAGCCCCAAGUUAGCAAAAACCAACCUGAUUUAAAGCCACCUGCCAAAAGUCAUAUGACUGCACCGAGCAAACCUGCUCGCAAGUCUCUGACACACCGUUUAUCAUCCUCUUCUGACUCAGAAUCUUCAAUCAAACCCAACAGUUCUCUCUCUGUAAAGAAACUGACAGUCAGUGAUGUUUAUGGACAGAGUACACUUAAACCCCCUGAAGAUGGGGCUCCACAGAAAUCACCUGCUUCGACGGCCAGCUUCAUUCUUUCCAAAAACGUAAGCCCCAAGAAGCUGGUCUUUGAAACUCCUCGAUCACCAGAGGCAGAAGCUGAAGUCAAGAGGAACUUUGUGGCUGAGCUCAACUCUGUUUCUGAACGAAUAGCCUCAAAGAGUGAAUCCAAAAGUUUAACAGACGCACAGAGUAAAGUAAUUUCAGAAACCACUUCUGCACAGAAAAAACCCGGCAGAAUUCCCCCACCUGUUGCCAAAAAGCCUUUGUUUUUACCGAAUGUGCACAGACUCCCUGCCACAUCGUCUGAUGUGAAAGAGCCUCCACAGGUGCAGGAAACAUCUGGUGCCCGUGAAGCUACUAGUGAUGUCAAGGACGAGAAAGACACUGAAAAAGCCGUCUUAGUAAGAGGAUUAAAUUACAACUUCCGGGAUGCGGACAAGAAAGAUUUCUCAGCAGCGUUAGAAACAACACUGAAAGACAACAAACUCACAGAAGAGACCCAGCAAACCAUGAGACAGACAGUCGCACCAACACUAAACGGGAAAAAGGUAGGAAAUACACUCAGUACAGAAGAAAGGAAAGCAGAAGAAAGGGAAUCAGGAUGCUGGAAACAGACAAGAGUAACUGAAGAAGUUGGGCAUCAAACCUCAGGGUUCACUAAGCUCAAGGUCAGUCUCCCUGCCUCGGGAGAUGAAAACAAUCCAAAAUGAGCAACUCUUCAGAAAAACUCUUCUGCUAAAUCAUAAUGGCCUUGUUUAUGCAAAACUAAGAAUCCACAUUUGCCUGGAGUGCUGCAGCUUUUACUUUAUACUGUAACUGAGUUCCAUGAAAGCAGACAACAGAAAAGUGUUGCUGUGCUGAUUACAGCCUGAUAUUAAAGCACUCUCAGAGAAGUAAGGAUAAUUUUUGUUAGUCAUUCUGGAUUGUGCAAUUGUAACACCACCUUUUGAUUCUCAAUGCCACGGUUUCUACUGCAACAAGAUGCACAUUAAAGGAGGUGGUUUGAGACUGUUUUAAUUUGUCAAUGAGGAUAUAAUGGUUCUCUGUCUAAACAACUACAGUUUAAAAAGAAUCAGUAGGAAGCACACUUAUUGUAUAAAAUGAGGGGAUUUGGGGUUGCUUUAUCUAUAAAUGAAAAUCAGCAAUUAUUUAGAAAUGUAUUCCCUUUGUUAACUUAUAAAGCAGAAUGACUUAAUAACUUGAAACCAAAAAAAGUCCUCUAUCGAAUAUUAGAGACUGUUUUUCUGGUGAUCUCGAAAAGUAAGUCACUUGCUGUGGUUCAGCUUGUGGUUUUGAAACUGUAAAUAGAUUAUAUUAACACUAUCCUGCUACUGACAGCAGCUACAUACAGGCCAUCAUGUGGCUUUCACAAGGUGCCUAUCAUUUCUUAUUUUGUCCCCUCCCUCAUUCUCUUGUUAUUUUGAAGAUGAUGUUGGAUUUCAGUGUGCAAAGGCAAGGGUUUGACUUUGUUUUAUUUUUAAUAAUAUGGCAUUAUCUGGAGCCAGUGGCAGAAAGCUACAACUUCCAGGUUUCAAAAUGCUUAAUUCUCUAGCUCCCAACCUGACCUGAGCCUAGUCCUAUUGGAUUACUGAAGUACUCAGUUCAUUGGGUAAUUUCACUGUGUUAUCUGAAACCAACUGAGGUCAGGCUAAAGGACAGUCACUGAAUUGAAGGUUCUUUAUAAUUGUUUCUGGAUUAUGACACCCAUUUCACCUCCAAUUCUGUAUUUGAGAGAUGAUGAAAGGGCUGAGAUGAAGGUUUGGACCCAAAACUAGAUUGCUGGUAGUUGAGAAAGGGGCUUUAAGAUAUGUUUAUAAUGUGCAAAAUUUUCUUAAGCCUUGAGUUGACUGAUUCUUGAGAGUUAAUUGACAAAUCCAAAUCGAUUGAUUUCAGGGACUUAGAGUCCCUGACUCUCAGUUCACCAGUUACUGAACAUGAUACAUAAAAGAAGCUAAUUUCUCCAGUCCCUCAUGAAGAGAUUGUCAAUCCACUCUCUGUUUUUUGUACGAUGUUCUGUUUUUACUGGAUGUAGGGUUUAUUUGAAUUUUGUUAAGAUGAAUAUUGGCACUAAUUUUAUUUCCAUAGUCUUAUGAGAACACUGAAUUACCUUCAAUCUAUUCACAUAGAGAUGGACAAUGUAAUAUUUUUUUUUGGUCAUUCCAAAGCUUUCUGUACACUCACUAGUUAAUGGGUCCUGUGUGUAAUUACUUUCUUCCUAAAUCUUAUUUCUAGCAAGUGAAUACACAGUGAUACAAUAUCAUCAACAGUCGUCUUCCUGUAGAGUGAAAUGUUUAAUUCUGUUCACCUUUGUUUUAAUGAAGCAGAUAGUAUUUGAGAGCGCUUCUGGUAUAUCAUCUGCACUGGCUUUAAAAGCCCUGUCCCAGUGUAGGAGGGUUCGUCCUCACAGAUGAGGGGAGAAAGGGAAACACUCAGCAAAGAUGUUGCUUUACACUCCCCUGUUUCCUCUUUACGAAUGUGCAUUGGCCAGCUCUGGAACAGAAGCUUUGUAUUCAAUCUUUAAAUGAGCAGUUUGGAAACUGCACUUUUCAAACAUUGCACUCCUCUUAUUUGCAGUUUUCCUCCUCUGCUUGUUUAUUGGAGAAACACACUUUUCUACCAUUAUCUGUAAGUGUAAAACAGGGAACUAAGGACUUGGUUGUAACUUGUCUUUCAUGAAUCUUUUAGUUUGAUUCCAAGGAUGGUCAUUUGCUAAAUUUUCAUGAGGACCAUCCCCUCUAAAAGCAGAGGCUUGUGGUGCUGCCUGAGAGCUACAUGAUUAAAAUGAUUUAUUUUCUAGACCUUUAGUUUUGUUGGUAAGUGGACAGCUUACAUUAUACACUGAAGAAUUAAUAAUAUGAAUUAAUAAUAAUGAAAGAUUAAACCAAAUUUCAGUGGGCAUUCAUAACAGCUGUCCUAAUAGAUUUCAGAAAAAUAACUUGCACUGGCCGUCCUCAGCAAUAAUGGCACCAUUCUGUAGAUUGCCCCAUAUCUGAAUCCUUUCAUUUGAUAUUCAUGCACUCAUCCCAGAUUAAUAUGCAACUACUCCGUCACGUCAGUGGGAAAUAUAAUUGUGUACUUAGCAGUUUCUAUUGCAAACCAGAACGCUGUUUCAAAACAAUGUGUUCAUCAUUAUUUAGAUUUUAACCCUCAAUGGAACAAAAUAUACUCACUGCCAAAUUUCACCUAGAACCAUAUUUGUUUUUAUGUAUAAUACAAGUUGGUAAUAUAGUCGUCAUUCAGCAAUUGAUUGAUUAUGUUAAAUGGGGGUGAAACAUGGAAAAUUCAAACCGCGGCGGGUUUCACUUGUUCUGUUAAAUGAUGGCAACGCUUGUGAAAUUUUUUGUUCAUUGAGGGUGACUGUUUUUUGCAGAGAAAAUGCUGAGGGUGUUUUAGAAUUAGCACAACUUCUUAUAUCAGAGCUAGACAAAAUCAAAGGACCUGAUUUUUAUUAUUGGCCCUUAAAUGGGCCUCACACUUGCUGGAAGCAUCAGUUAUUUUAAAAAAAAACUUUAAAAAGCACAGCUGUGAGGAGACAAGUACAUUCUAAAGAGACCAUAUUUGGCUUGCAUAAAUUACUUUAAAAUUAAAUAAUCAUGUUCUUCAAUGUAAAUGUUCAUUUAUAAAGCAGAAGUGGAAUGGGGUUAAUUAGCUGAAGCCAAAUUGUUUGUGUGUUUAUUCCCAAGCUGUUUACAGGCCACAUGGUCAUUUAGAGGUUUGGGGUACGGAGGAGGGUGGUGGUAACGAAAGUGACAACAGAUAAUUUUCGUCCAUUUUACUAUCCUCUGUAUUUGAGAUUUAAUUCCACAAUUUCUCAGGGUGCACUUAGAUGUUCAAACUCACUUCCACGAUUCUAAAUCUAUGCUGCAUUAAAUCUGUUCAAAGAUAUUGUAUCACUUUAAACUUUUCAAGAAGAUUUGUAACUUGGGUUGUGGAUGAGGUUGUAGACAUGCUCACUGAGCUGGUGGGUUUGUAAAUGUUUCAUCACCCUGCUAGGUAACACCAUCAGUGCACCUCCAGUUAAGUUUCACCGUUGGUGCACUGACAAUGUUACGUAGCAGGGUGACAAAAUGUUUGCAACCACACCCACAGGCUGGGCAGGCAUGUCUACAACCUCAUAUUAUUAUCACUCUUCUGAAUUGUUAAUUCAUUGUGAACCAUUCAUUUCCCUGCACAAGAAUCCAAUCCCUUUUCACUGGAUGUCUAUCUGGGACCUUGCCACCUGUGCUUCAUAUUAUACUGGACACUCACUGUGGCCCUGGAAGCUCUAUUGAGUUCUGAAAAGCUCCCAAGUUCCCAGCACCAUAAGUGCCAGUAAAUAAUGACACUGCUUCACAAUGAAAAAACAGUCAGUAUUCAUCAGGUUUCUAGAUUUUGAAUCUUUGUACUAGUGGGGCUUCCCAGUUUUCUGCUUUAGCCGGGCACAUAGGAAGGGUUCCAUGGAUGAAUAUUACAAUGUAAAUGUUAAAGUUGUUUGAUGUUCUUUGUUUCAUUUUCUGCACUGGCCAAGAAUUGCAAUUGCAGUUUUAAUCUUGAAUUCAACUUCUCAGAAAAAAAGGGAUGAGUGAGCUGAUUGAUGAAUUAAAAGCCAAAUUGUAAACUCACGGGACAACUGUCAUAGGUGGCCUUAAGCAGCAGGGUGAGCUGUAUCCCAUUGACCUAAGGCCCAGUAAAGGAAACUCUGAGAUUGUGACAUUCAUGAAGCCAAGCCAAAGGGAUUGUAUCUUUUAAACAGGAGAUUGUUGCGAGCACCAUAACCUGAAUGUUCAGGACCCUUUGAACUGCAAGUCUUAAGCUCCUGUUGAUUGGACCACUUAAAGUGUGUUGAUUAUUUGUUGCAUAAAUGAUCAGGAAAUUGAAUAAGCUGAAUGUUUGUCCUUUUUGUAGAUAACCAUGUUAUCAUAAUGCUUUGGUUCAAACAGAGACCCUGUGGCCCAGCUCCUUCAUUCCUUGUUCUAACAUGUCUAUCUGUACUGCCAAUUUUCUGAAUCCUCACUGCAGUGUGAAUGCAAAGGAAUAAGAAUUUACUGCACAAUGUAUGUUUGACAUUACAUUUUAAUUGCAGCCUAGUUGGUCAUUAACAUGGGCUAUGGCCUUAAUUAUUAUGAAUUUAAUCACUUAAGGGUAUAAACUAUGAUUUUCAAAGUUUUUAGGAAAAUAUUAUUAGUGCA